GGGAGCGGAAGUGAAGUGAGUAAUAACCUCAGCCGCUGGACAAGUCAGGCGCUGGGGUUAGAUUUACCGAGUGGCGAAAGCUUCCAGUUGAACGUCUGCUCCUACGCCGGCGUGGGUACCCUUGCCUCAUCCGGAAGGGCAGGAACCGCGUCUCCGGCAGUCUCCUCCCCUUGCCAGGGAGGGAGGAAAAUAACGAAGAGGGAUCCUAUGUCUCAGUGGUGUUCCUGAGGGGCGGCAGGAGACAACGGCGGGAGCGUGAAGUUAAAGAAGAUGCCGUUGGCACAGUUGGUAGACCCCUGGCAGAAAAUGGCUGUGGAGAGUACGGCCGAGAGCGGCAGCAGCGUCGAGAAUGGUCAACAAAUUAUGGAUGAGCCUAUGGGAGAAGAAGAACUAAAUCCACAAACAGAAGAAGGCAAUAUUAAAGAGAUUGCAAUAACAUAUCAUGUCAAAGAAGGGCAUGAAAAAGCAGAUUCUUCACAUUUUGAACUCCUUAAAGUACUAGGCCAGGGAUCUUUUGGAAAGGUAUUUCUUGUGAAAAAAAUCUCAGGAUCUGAUGCCAAACAGCUGUAUGCAAUGAAAGUGCUUAAAAAAGCAACAUUGAAAGUUCGUGAUCGUGUUCGGACAAAAAUGGAACGUGACAUCUUAGUAGAAGUUAACCAUCCCUUUAUUGUCAAGUUACAUUAUGCUUUUCAAACAGAAGGGAAGUUAUAUCUUAUUUUAGACUUUCUCAGGGGAGGCGAUUUGUUUACACGCUUAUCCAAAGAGGUCAUGUUCACAGAGGAUGAUGUCAAAUUUUAUUUGGCUGAAUUAGCACUCGCUUUAGACCAUCUGCAUAGUCUUGGGAUAAUAUACAGAGAUCUAAAACCAGAAAACAUACUUCUUGAUGAAGAAGGACAUAUUAAAUUAACAGAUUUUGGCUUGAGCAAAGAAUCUAUUGAUCAUGAGAAAAAGGCAUACUCCUUUUGUGGAACAGUGGAAUAUAUGGCCCCAGAAGUAGUUAAUCGGCGAGGUCAUACACAGAGUGCAGACUGGUGGUCAUUUGGUGUGUUAAUGUUUGAAAUGCUCACUGGUACUCUACCUUUCCAAGGGAAAGACAGAAAAGAAACAAUGACUAUGAUUCUCAAAGCCAAACUUGGAAUGCCCCAGUUUUUAAGUCCAGAAGCUCAGAGCCUUCUUCGAAUGCUUUUCAAAAGGAAUCCUGCAAAUAGAUUAGGAGCAGGUCCUGAUGGAGUUGAGGAAAUUAAGAGGCAUCCAUUUUUCACCUCAAUAGACUGGAAUAAAUUGUACAGAAGAGAAAUUAAUCCACCAUUUAAACCUGCGACUGGUAGACCUGAGGACACUUUUUAUUUUGAUCCUGAAUUUACAGCAAAAACACCAAAAGAUUCACCUGGUAUUCCACCAAGUGCUAAUGCUCAUCAGCUUUUCCGGGGUUUCAGUUUUGUAGCUAUUUCAUCAGAUGAUGAAAAUCAAGCUAUGCAGUCAUCUGGUGGGCAUUCAAUUGUUCAGCAGUUGCACAGGAACAGCAUUCAGUUUACUGACGGAUAUGAAGUCAAACAAGAUAUAGGAGUUGGAUCCUAUUCCAUUUGCAAGAGAUGUAUACAUAAAACCACAAAUAUGGAAUAUGCUGUAAAGAUUAUAGACAAGAGUAAGAGAGACCCUACAGAGGAAAUAGAAAUAUUGCUACGAUAUGGACAGCAUCCAAAUAUUAUUACUCUGAAAGAUGUAUAUGAUGAUGGAAAAUAUGUAUAUCUGGUAACAGAACUCAUGAAAGGUGGAGAACUGUUGGACAAAAUCCUUAGGCAAAAAUUUUUUUCUGAAAGAGAAGCUAGUGCUGUAUUAUUGACAAUUACAAAAACUGUUGAAUAUCUUCAUGCACAAGGGGUCGUACAUAGAGAUUUGAAGCCCAGUAAUAUCUUAUAUGUUGAUGAAUCAGGAAAUCCAGAAUCUAUUCGAAUUUGUGAUUUUGGCUUUGCAAAGCAGCUGAGAGCAGAAAAUGGCCUCUUAAUGACACCCUGUUACACAGCAAAUUUUGUUGCUCCGGAGGUAUUAAAAAGGCAAGGGUAUGAUGUAGCAUGCGACAUAUGGAGCCUUGGUGUCCUUCUAUAUACAAUGUUGACUGGGUAUACUCCCUUUGCAAAUGGUCCUGAUGAUACUCCAGAAGAAAUUUUGGCACGAAUAGGUAGUGGGAAGUUUUCUCUCAGUGGUGGAUACUGGAACUCUGUCUCAGAAACAGCAAAGGACUUAGUUUCACAAAUGCUUCAUGUUGACCCGCAUCAGAGACUGACUGCUGUUCAAGUUCUAAGGCACCCAUGGAUAGUUCACUGUGAUCAGUUGCCUCAGUACCAACUCAACAGGCAAGAUGCUCCACAUCUUGUGAAGGGUGCCAUGGCAGCUACAUACUCAGCAUUGAAUCGCAAUCAGUCCCCAGUUUUGGAGCCAGUGGGUCGCUCUACACUUGCUCAAAGAAGAGGAGUAAAAAAAAUUACCUCAACUGCUCUGUGAAAUGACCUCAUGUAAAAAAAAUGGUACCACAAUUAGUUGAUAGCACAAAUUAUGGCAACAGAUAGCACAUACCCCAAUAAACUGAAAGCACACUCUUCCAGCUGGUACUGUUAUGCUGCUGCUCCUGCUUUCAUCUUUUGAAAACUGUUAAAGACAAAACAUUUUCCUUCAAGUGGAGAAAAAAGUGGAAUCAGUGGAAAAAAACUAUUAAUGGAAAUAAUUAUGAAGACCUCUUGUUACAAUAGAUACACUGAAAAAGCACUCUGCACCAUAUAGCAUUAUUUUUAUAGGGAAUGCUUUUUUCCCUUUAAAAUUAUUUGAUACAUGUAAGGAUGGACAGUUUAUGUUAAGCACUUACCUUAAAAUAUGUUUAUAUUAGCACUGUGUAAUUUGUGCCAUCCAGUGUUUUAUAUGUUUUGUAUAUUUUUCCUAACAAUACACUUAUGUACUGUUUCCUUCUCUUUAGACUAAUUGAUUUGACAAUUAAAUCUGAUUAAAAUAUUAAUCAGUAUGAUUGGACAUCUCUAAAACAGCUUGACUGUUAAACAGCUAUUGAAUGUAAUUCUGUGAAUGUGUAUUUCCUUGCUUGGAUUUUCCCAUGGACACAAUUAUUAGAAAUCUUGGGAAUUGUUAAAGCAUUUAAUGGUAAAAUGGCAUAUUUUAAUCACUUGUGGUUUGCUAUGUAUGGAAGCAAAAAGGGUCUGCAUAUUGUCAUGAUGAGUGUCUUUUUGUGAACCUCAGAAACUAUGGCUAAAUAGUUCAACUUUGGUUCAACUGAUGUUAAUUGUGGUUUAUCUUUGUUACUUAAGCAGCAAUAGUAUUUAUUGCACAGUGCUGAUCAGAAAAUGGAGAGGGCAGAAAUGUAAUGUUUAAGUAGUAUGCACUGAAGUAGUGCAUUCUCCAAUAAUAAUGUUAGAUCAUUUUUAUGGCUAAAAAUUAACAGCAGGUCUGUUAUACUUGGGCCACUAUAGACAAAAGCAGCAUUGAGUACAAAUUGGAUGAAAUGUGUCCCAGUGUCUUCAACUGUUUUUAGUGGCUCUGCCUUCAAAGUUUGGCAUGUUCGUAGAUUACAAUCUUGAAGAAUGCUGUAUAAUCAGAUGCUAAGAUUGCAAUUCUAAACACACAUACUGAACAUAAUGGCACUACUUAUGUUGUUUUAUUGUUUUCAUGGGAACUGGGGAAAAUUCACCUCUUCAAAUUGUUUUGGGAUCAGAUAUAUGAGAUAUCGAACUUUUAUGUAUUGCAAAAUAUAAUAUUCUGAAGAAAUGAAGAAUUUUGGGUGGAUCAUCAGAAUUCUGCCAAAGAAAUUACUCUUUAUACAGUAGUAAUAUUUCUUUAUUGUCUUGCAUUUUGCCAAUAAGUUAGUCUCAGAUCAAUGUGGUAGAUAAAAGUAGGAAAUGAAAUAUAUCUUUUUUCUAUCAAA